UCUGAUCUCCUCAGCUUACCACACAGUCGUCAGUCCUGCCUGCCAGGGCAACAUGAGAACAGCUGCACCUACUGUAUCGUCGUCUGAUCAUGACCAGACACCUGCUGUCAGGAAGCAGAAAGGAGGCUGGAUCACUCUGCCAUUUCUUGCAGGGAGCGUGGUAGGGCUGGGGAUGGCCAUGAGCGCCACCAGCAGCAACCUCAUCGUCUACCUCAUCAGCAAGUACAACGUCAGGACCAUCGACGCCGCGCAGAUCUCCAACAUCGUACGCGGCUGCAUGCAGCUCGCGCCCGUCCUCGGCGCCGCCCUCUCCGACGCAUACUUCGGCUGCUACCCCGUCGUCGCCGCCGGCGUCGCCAUCUCUCUGCUGUCAUUUUUGGUUUUCACUCUGACGGCCGCGUUCCCGUCGCUGCGUCCGCCGCCGUGCGCCGCCGCGUCGCCGCCAUGCCAACGACAACCGCCGAGCGCCAUCCAAGCCGCGGUCCUCUACGCGGCGGUGUGCCUCCUGGCCGUCGGCAACGGCGGGACACGGUACAACGCGGCGACGCUGGGCGCGGACCAGUUCGUCGGCGGCGAGGAGCGGCGGCGCGGCCGGGACGCCUUCUUCAGCUGGUACUUCGUCUGCCUCUACGCGUCCUACGUGGCCGGCGACACGGCGCUGGUGUACGUGCAGGACAGCGUCAGCUGGGCCCUGGGCUUCGGCGUCUGCGUUACCACAACCGGGCUGGGCCUCGUCGCGUUGGUUACCGGGUCCAGAUAUUACAGACGGCCCGUCCCGAAAGGGAGCCCGUUUACGGCCCUGGCGAGGGUGGCGGUGGCCGCUGCGAGGAAGGCAACGCUGACCUCGACCUCACUUGCUAGAAUGAAGUAUUACCAUGGAUCAGGUCGCGGCACAGAUCACGCUCCAACUCCAAGUGAAAGAUUCAGGUUCUUGAACCGAGCUGCGAUGAUCGCAGCAGGGGAAACUGACCCGUGUGACGGGUCCGUAGCCAAGCCAUGGCGCCUGUGCACGGUGCGAGAGGUGGAGGACCUGAAAUCGCUGGUCCGGGUGCUGCCGCUCUGGUCGUCGGGGAUCCUGGUGAGCAUGACCGUGAACGCGCAGGUGAGCCUCACCGUCCUCCAGGCCCUGACCAUGGACCGUGCCCUCGCGCCUCGCUUCGUCGUCCCGGCCGCCUCAAUGACGGUCACCGUGCUGGCCGCCUUCAUCCUCUUCGCCGCGCUCUUCGACCGCCUCGUCGCCCCGCUCUGGGAGCGGCUCACGGGCGGCCGCAAGCUGACCCCGCUGCGGCGCGUCGGGCUCGGGCACGCCCUGAACGUCGCCAGCAUGGCGGUCGCCGCGCUCGUGGAGCGGAGACGGAUCCGCUUGGCGCGCGCCGCCCACUCCCAGGGCCACGCCGGCGGCGGUCCAGCAGCGGCCGCUGCGCUGCCGAUGUCGGCGCUGUGGCUGGUGGCCCAGCUGGCGGUGACCGGCGCGGAGGAGGCGCUGCACCUGCCGGGGAACACGGCGCUGUUCUACCAGGAGUUCCCGGCGACGCUGCGGAGCACGGCCACCGCGAUGCCGCCGCUGUUCAUCGCCGUGGGGGCGUACCUGAGCACGGCGUUCGUGGACGUCGUGCGGCGCUCCACGGGGUGGCUGCCCGACGACCUGAACCGGUCGCGGCUGGACAGGGUGUACUGGACGCUGGCCUUGGUCGCCGCCGUCAACUUCGGCUACUUCCUUGUGUGCGCCAUCACGUACCAGUACAACAAUGUCGCCGACUGCGACGGGAAGGCUAAUCAGAUACCGGACGACAAGUAAAACACAUCGAGCCCUUGUAAUUUCAAAUCGUAGCUGCUGAUCAAUGUACUAUGUACCACGUUAAUUUGUACUUAUACCGUGCUCUCAUAAAAGAAAGUAAAAUACUAGUCAUUUUCACAA